AUGCUUGCGGAGGCAAACUUAAAGCGAGCGUAUGCUGAAUCCUGUUUCGGUCUUGCCAAAUGGACCGUUCUAUUCUGGUUUCCAUUUGCACUCCGCACCGCCCGAAACGUGACUUCUGUCAUCUGGUAUGCCAAAUUCUUUGGAUGUUUCUCUCUGGCCUACAUGCUGGCUUCUGUCUGUUUAGGUAUUAGUCGUCUUCAGAAUCCCGCUUAUGCCCGCUUCGUGGAUCUGUAUUUGGAAACCAAGAAACGGCCUUCAAAGGAGUCGAUUAACCGGCUGACAGCGUACGGCUUUCGGUAUCAGUGGCCGGCUGAGUUCGAUGUCCAAACAGUUAACAAUUCUCUGUGGAUACCUCGCCAAAAUCUGAUCCCGGAUCGCAGCAGUAAUGCUUCCACCCUGCUUUCUCCCCUUCAGUGA